UGGCCGCGCGCCACUCCCGCGUUUGAGGGAAGGGCUUCCAGUCUCAGCUGCCGGGCUUGGAGCGCCUACGCGGGAAGGAAGGAUCCCGAGAGGGAGGCGCAGGGUUGAAGUUCCCUUCUUCCCAGAGCCCGGGCCGGCUGAGUACCCGGGGCGGCGACGGUAGCCCCGGGGAGAGGCGUGCCGGCCAGGCCUUUGAUGGGCGCGGUGAUUCCGGCUCCAGCGACCCCCGCCCCCGGCAGCCUGGCGGUUGUGUUUCCUGCGGGCGGGCACGCGGUGCACUUGUGGGUGUCGGUUAUUGAAAUUCGAGAGCUGACUAAUGAAUGAUGCUUCAUGACAGCUGCGUACUACCUGUUGCUUAAAGACUGAUGGUUUGUGGCAAGCCUCCACUGCUACUUAAUCAAGAGGAAUUGAGAUUGAUCUAUGUCCACUAAAUUCAGACAUUGUCUUGAAGGACUUUGGGAACGAUGAAGGUUUUACUGUCGUACCCACAGGAUGCCAGCCAUUGAUCUUUUCUCUUGUGGUCACUUUUUUUCUGUCUUUGUGAGGAGAAGUCAGAAGAGGAAAGGCUAGUGACCAGGUGUCUGACAAAUUAUUCUCAGUGAACACAGGUUUAGAUGGCAAUUGCCUGAUGCUGGGAUGUUUGUGAUGGUUUAGGACCCAGUGACCUUUGAGGAUGUAGCUGUGGAAUUCACCCAGGAGGAGUGGAUUUUGCUGGAUCAAACUCAGAGAAGGCUGUGCAGAGAUGUGAUGCUGGAGAACUACAAGAGUCUGGCUGCAGUAGAUUGGGAGAUUUGUCUUAAUACCAAAUGGUCAGCACCUCAGCAGAAUAUUUUGCAGGGGAAAACACCAAAUGUGGUAGAAAUGGUGUGCUUGCUCAGAAUCCUGUUUGGUAAGGAGGGAGACAUACAAGAGGAAGAAUGGCUGCAGGAUUGCUGACAACGUGGUCACAGGAUUCAGUGACCUUUGAGGAGGUGGCGGUGGACUUCUCCCAGGAGGAGUGGGCACUGCUGGACCCUGCUCAGAAAAUCCUGUACAGAGAUGUGAUGCUGGAGAACUACAGGAACCUGGCCUCCGUGGGGUAUCCUCUCUGCAAACACAGUCUGAUCAUGGAGGUGGAGCAGGAAGUGCUGGGGACUGAGGAGGGGGCAGUUCUCCAAGGUGCCUGUACAGAUUGGGAUAUUCAACUGAAAUCAAAAGAUGGAAUUCUUAUGCAGAAUGUUCCUGGGGAAAAAACUUGCAAUGGCAUAAAAACGGCACCAACUCAGCCUGGCAAGAAACCCUUGGAAUUUGAUCAUUGUGGAAAAUUCUUCAGAAAGAACUAUCACUUUACACAUACAAGAUAUUGUGAGGGAGAGAAAUGCUACAAAUAUAAAGAACAUGGGAAACACCUUGGCCACACCUCAGCUCUUAGCAGUCAUGUAAGUACUCACAGUGGAGAGAAAACUCGUGAGUUUAAUGAUUGUGGCAAAACUUUCAAUCAAGAGGCAUCCCUUAGGAAACACUUAAGGACUCUCAAAGGAGAGAAAUCUCAUGCGUGUAAUCAAUGUCUUAUGUCCUUCAGCUUACACCCUUCCUUUUCAGUACAUGUGCAAGUACCUACUGGAAAGGAACUCUGUGAAUGCUGUGAUCAUGGAGAAAGAGCCUCCCUUGGUGUCCACAAAACAACAUGUACCAUGGAGGAAAGCUCAGAAUGUAAGGAGCACGGGAAAGCGUUCGCCAGCUCCUCGUCCCUUCACAAAUGUGGGAGACCUCAUGCUGGAGAGAAGCCUUAUGAAUGUAGUGACUGUGGGAAAGCCUUCAUUUUUCAGUCUUCCCUUAAGAAGCACGUGAGAUCUCACACUGGAGAGAAACCUUAUGAGUGUAAUCACUGUGGAAAAUCCUUCAGCCAGAGCUCUCAUCUUAAUGUGCACAAAAGGACUCACACUGGAGAGAAACCCUACGACUGUAAGGAAUGUGGCAAGGCUUUCACUGUUCCUUCAUCCCUUCAGAAGCAUAUGAGAACCCACACUGGAGAGAAGCCCUAUGAAUGCAGUGACUGUGGGAAAGCCUUCAUCGAUCAGUCAUCCCUUAAGAAACACACACGGUCUCACACUGGAGAGAAACCUUACGAGUGUAGUCAGUGUGGAAAAUCCUUCAGCACAGGCUCUUACCUCAUUGUGCACAAGAGAACUCAUACUGGAGAGAAAACCUAUGAGUGUAAAGAAUGUGGGAAGGCCUUUAGGAAUUCUUCCUGCCUAAGGGUACAUGUGAGAACUCACACAGGAGAGAAGCCCUAUCAAUGCGUUCAGUGUGGAAAGGCAUUCAGCACCAGCACUAACCUUAUAAUGCACAAGCGAAUACAUACUGGGCAGAAAGUAUGAGUGAAAUGACUAUAAGAAAGCCUUUAUUGGGCCUUUACACCUCAUUCCUCAUUUUAGAAUUCACACUGGAGAGCAGCCCUGUUGUGACCCAUGUAGAAAGCCCAGGCACGAUUCUUGACUUACGCUAUACUGGGACCAAUCUUAACGAAUGUUAUCCUUCUGUGAUUGUCUUUAUCAGUGAGUGUCUCAUCCUGAAAGUGUGACAGCAUGUUAACUGAUGAGUAUUAAAGGUUAUAUGGCACUCUAAAUUCCCCUUAACCUACAUCACAAAAAUUUUGAUAAAUAAUGUUUUCAUCAUAAUUUAGUACUAAAUGUCCAAUUCUCAUCAAGAUGUCUUGGACCUAUAUGUUAUUUAGAAAUGUAUUUUAUAAUGUGCAGACUCUGCAUAUUUUAGUUAUUUUUUAUAGAUUUCUAAUUUAAUUGGAUUAUACACAAAUGCGUGGUCUUCAUGAUACAGAUUCUGUAUGACAUUAUUCAAACAGAAAAUUGUUGGAGACUUGCCAUGUGGCCCAAUGUGUCAGAUACAACAAGUAUUCCCGGAUCCAUUCCUCCCUCCCUUUCCUAAAGUAACAGAACUACAGUUGUAUUCAAGUUGGCAGUGUGGACAGUUUUUUAAGGAACUCUCUCAACUUUCUUGGCCACCAUGAGUGCCCAUGAGCCGUUGGUUCUGGCCAGUGAGACAUAGGCAGAGGCCACGGCUUAUGGGUUCUAAAAAAGCCCAUGGCAAUGGGAGUAUCUCAGCUGGCAUCUUCACCAUUUGCCCUGUGUUUCGUCCCUUUUUCUUUCCUAGAAAAUAGACCAAGAGGAUGAUAGUCAGAGGCUACUGAUUAUACAACAGGGACAUAUAGUAUUAUUUGGUUGUACCAACCUUGGGUUGGUUAUUUCUGGGCUUCAUCUAACCCAAGAAAAAUAAACUCCUAACUGAUGUAAACCAUCUGGAGGGAAGCUUCUGUUACAAGGGAUUUCAGUUAGCUGAUAACAUCUCAUAUGUGGUCAAGUUUUAUGAAUCCCUUUAAGUGUGUUUGAAAACAAUGCCUAUUCUGUAAUUGUAUAAUCAGUGUGUCUGACAGAUGAAUCUUUUGUGUUUUUAAAAUUUGUAUCACUACAGACCUUCUCUCCUCAUUUGCCCUCUAUUGAGAGAGGUAUGUUAAAUGUGUCACUAUCACUGUGGGUAGUCGGAUUGUUUUUUUAAGUUCUGUCUCACUUUGAGGCACUAUAGCCAGAUGCAUACAAAUGUCAUUUUAUAUUUCUUUUUUUAAAGAUUUUAUUUUUAUUUAUUUAUUAGAGAGAGCAUGAGAAGGGUAAGGGGCAAGGGGGAGAAGCAGGGUCUCUGCUGAGGAGGGAACCUGAUGUGGGGCUUGAUCCCAGGACCCUGGGAUCAUGACCUAAGCCGAAGGCAGACACUUAACCAACUGAGCCACCCAGGAACCCCUGUCUUUUCAUUCUUAUAUAGUGCCCAUUUUUCUUCCCUAAUAAUGUUAUAAUUCACUUGGUAUAAAUGUAAACUAUUGACCUAGCCUUUAACAUUUUCUCCUUACCAGUAUGUAAGGACAAUCAGAAACAACUUACCUCUCUCCUCAGCACUAUGUGGUGGUGUUCCCUGCGACACCAAGGGGGAUCUCCUCAGCCACUACAUCUCCUGUGGGAGACAAAGAGAACAGGAGGUCCUUAGCAGCCUUCCCUGCCAAGACAGCAGCAGCCCUCACAUAUGUCUCUGUUGUUCCUUGCUUCACUUCUGUGAUUUGUUCCCCUGCCUACCUGGUUUCGUGUUUCAUGGAAAAGGGGAAAGGGUAAGAACAUUUUUCCCUGCUCUCCCUAAGAAACCUCAGGAGGUUUCUCAACUCAAACCAGUUUGUAAAUCUCCUGGUCAAUGUGCAUGGGCUCUCAAGUGCCACUGCCUAUCAACAUGUAAGAGCAUCUUGAAAACCAAAUGUUAUAAAAUUCGGAUUUCCCCAUAUUGCUCUUUUGGAGAGACUCCAGUCCCUCUGAGGUUGAAAGGGAUAGUCUAGAAAGGCAGGCCACUUCACAUAGCAAAGGUCCACUCAGGACUCAGGAGUUUAUAGGUAAAUACCUAAAGAAAAAAAAAAUGGGGAAAGAUGAAAGACCAAAAGAAAAAAAGUAUAGCUACAGGGGCUUUAUGUGGCUACAAGUAAUCCCUCCUUUCCCAAAGAGCGGGAACUUUAAAUCUUCUGUACCAAGUAACUGUCAAGUCUAAGAAACAUAAUGUUAGUCUUCAAUUGCUUACUAAUUUAAAAACAACAAUGAAAAAUAAAUCCAUAGAUACAGGGGAGAAAAUAAAAGGUAAAGUAAGUUAUAUACAUUUGUAACAUUUAAUAUAGAUAUAUAUGUAAAUUAUAAAAUGCACACAAAACUAAAUUAAAACAAAGUUCCAUAAUUUGAACCAAUUGAAAACCUAGUUUAUAAAAGUUUAUAUGUUAAAAACUUACAUAACAAGUUUUAUAUAUAAUUAUAUAACAAAUAUGUCACAAAAGUUAUAUAUUAAAAAUUUACAUAUCAAAAAAGGGGCACUAAGGCUUUUGAGCCUUCACAAUGUAAAUUCUAAAUUAAACAUAACAUUGCUAAAAUAUACUAAUUGACAAGGCUUCAUAAAUUGUAAUCAAUAUUAGGGCUCAAGUGAUAGUUAUACCUGGGGACCCCACUAAAUUUAAACAUUUCUCCUAUAAUCAUAAAAAAUAAUUUAGAAGAAAAUAGGUGUACCUCACUGCAAUUGUAGUCGUGUCUAAAUUUCCCAUAGUUAUUGUACCCAUUGCCCUAAAAUAUCCCAUCUUAAGCAUAGAUGCCCUGACAACGAUGAAAAAUAAAUAAAGGUCUUUGGCUUUAUUCCUUGAUAAAAUGUGAUUCCGUGGACACUUAGUUAAAAUAAUUAAUAUGCCUCAAUAUGUGUUAAAACUGGCCUAAGUUUUAAAACUUACUAUAUAAACAUAACUAAUAAAGAGGUGCUUAUUUCUAUGGCUUCUCCACUUAAUAAUUCAAUUUUGCCUAUUUCAAAACUUGAGAAUAAAUAAAUAGCUAUAUCUUUUGGUUGUUAACUGAGUAAAGAGCAGUUAAGAGUUCCUAGACUGUGCGAAUGGCACUGCUAGCCAUAUGUGACGAAGCACUGGAAUGUUACUGCUUUCUAUCUCUUACUUUAAACAAAAACAAAUGGAUCAAAGUCAACCAUUAAGACAAAACUGCAAAAUUCCUAGAAGAAAGCAUAGGAGGAAAGCUUCCUGACAUUGAAUUUGGCAAUGGUUUCUUAGAUUUGAUACCAAAAGCAAUUUUCAAUCAAAGAAAAAAUAAAUUGUAGCUUAUCAAAAUUAAGAUCUUUUGUACUUCACAGGUCAAUCAUCAUUUAAAUACUUUUGUACUCCAAAGGACACAUCAAGAAAGUGAAAGACAACCCAUAGAAUGGGAGAAAAUAUUUGCAAUUCAUACAUGCAAAAAGCAACUUCUAUACAGAAUAUAUAAAGAAUUCUUACUACUCAACAAUAAAAAAAUCCAAUUUUAAAAUAGACAAGAGAUUGGAAGAGACAUUUCUCCAAGGACAUAACAAAUAGUAACAAAUACAUGAAAAGAUACCAUUAGUCAUCAGCAUCACUGGUCAGUAGAAAAAUGACCCAAAUCACAAGGAGAUACCACUUCUCACCACUUAGGAUAGCUAAUAUGUAAAAACAAAAAUUAACAAGUGACAUUGGGAAAUAGGAACUCAUACACUGAUGGAUAGAAUGUAAAAUGGUGCAGCCACUUUGGAAAACAGUCUGGUAGUCCUUCAAAUAUAUAGUUACUAUAUGACCCAGCAAUUCCACUCCUAGGUAGAUACCUGUGGUAAUUUUAUGUGUCAACUAGACUGUGUCAUGAAAUACCCAGAUAUCUCAUUAAAUGUCAUUUCUGGUGGUGUCUGUGAGCAUGUUUCAGGAGAUUUGCAUUUGAAUCAAUAGACUGAGCAUAGCAUAUCACCCUCCCCAACAUGGGUAGACAUCAUCCAAUCCGAUUUAGGGUCUGAAUGGAUCAAAAAAGCAGAGGAUGACUGAAUUCUCAUUCUCUGUCUGAUUGUUGAACUGGGAUAGUGAUCUUCUCCUGCUUUUGGUGCUCCUGGUUUUCCGGCUUUGAAAUAGGGACUGAAAUCUAUCCCGUGGGCAGCCUGGCUCUCAGGUGUUUGAAUGGCACCACCUACUUUCAUAGGUCUCUCGAUUGGGGUGGUAUAUUGUGAGACUUUUCAGCCUUCAUAGUUAUAUAAGUAGUUCCUUACAUAAAAGUCAUGUAUGCAUAUAAUAAGUACAUAUAAUGUAUAUUAUGUCCAUUGUAUGUGUGUAUAUAUAAUCUUUCUGAGCUCACCAUAAAAAGUUAAGGGCUGUAGGUUCUAUUUUUCUGGAGAAUUGACUAAUAACAAUACUCAGGAUAAAUUAAAAUAUGUCUGCACACGCACAAAAAUAUGUGAAUGUUCAGAGCAGCAUAACUCAUAAUACCCACAAAAUGUUAACAACCCAAAUGUGAAUCAACUGAUAGAUACAUAAAUAACAUGUGGUAUAUCCAUAGGAUGGAAUAGCAGUCAGCAAUAAAAAAGAAUGAUAAGCACUACAACACAUAUGAACCUUGAAAACAUGCUAAGUGAAAAGCUGUUAGCAAAGGAUUUUGUGAUUUCAUUUACAUGAAAUGUCCAGAAAAGGCAAAUCUAUAGAGUCAGAAAGUACAUUCAUGGUUACCUACACAUUAAGAGAGGAGGAAAAUGGGAUUAUGCAGCCAAAGGGUACUUUUGGAGUGACAAAAAAAAAGUUCUAAAAUUGUGCUAUUUGCACAACUCUGGAAUUUAAUUCUAAAAAAAUUGAAUGUUAAAGUUUCAAAUGCACAAAUUGUAGGUUAUGUGAAUUAUAGCUCAAUAAAGCUGUUCCAAAAAACAAAACAAAAAAAAAAUCAUGGUAUAGCUGCAUCAUUAGAAGCAUAAAAAAUUUCUUGUCUCUGAAGCAACUAGAGCAGUAAGGUGCAACAUAUAUUAGCUGCCAUUAUAUUUUUACCACUAAAUAUUAGAACUUAAGAUAUUAUAAUUUUUAAAAGUAUGAUAUGGGUAUUAGUAUUACUGGCACAGAAGAGUCUAGAAAUGUAUACCGACACAUAUAGGAAUUUAAUAAAGAUGGAAUUUCACAUGACUAGGUCAAGAAAAGUUUACUGGUAAGUGGUGCCACAACUGGCCAUCUUUUCUGGAGGAAAGAAAAUAAUUGGAUCCACUACCCCACACCACAUGGCGAAAUAAACUCCAGCAGGAUUAAAGAUUUAAAUGUCUUUAAUAGGGGCACCUGGGUGGGUCAGUCGGUUAAACAUCUGCCUUCAGCUCUGGUCAUGAUCCCAGGGUCCUGGGAUUGAGCCCAGUGGGGGCGCC